UAAUUUUCCGCGUUGUAUUGGUUUUUGUGUAUUUCUUACAACUGGUAAGUUUACGAAUGUGAUUAAUCCACGUUUGGUAGGUAGGUAUAUUCUCAACAAAGAAAAUUGAUUUCGUAAUAGUUUUAUGACGCGUCGUAAUUUGACCGACGCAUUACUAACCGUUGCUAAUCGUUCUAGGUAAGUACAGUUAGUCAAUCAAUCACACUGUUACAGUGCCUAAGUAUAAAUAAUCGCUAUGCCAAACAAAUGCGACAAACUUUAUGAUAAUGAUAAUAAUUACAAUAUCUUACGAUGUCCGUCUUUAAUUAUAAUAUUAAAUAAUGUUGUAAUAUAUUAUUUUUACGCGCUGUGGACCGAUGAUGAAAACUUUGGAUGAGAACUAAAAAACUUUAGUAGAAACCUUGCACAUCCGGUGGUUGUGCAGCCCUUUGUAAUCUUGACACGUGUUUCAAAGAUUUAAGCACGAGUUGUAAGGCCGGAGGGACAUUAGUGAAAAACUGAAAAACGAUGGACGACGUGUGUGCGUAUGUCGUGUACACGGUGUAUACUCGGCGAGGGCACUGCCUGGAACUCUCCGCCGUGUCGCAGUAAUCGUUCGUAAAUGCACACGCACUUGUCCAGACUCUUUAGGUCGGUGGUGGCGCGUACGUUAUAUUUUACUCAUCUUUAUCGUCGUCCGCCGUCAGGUGAGUGCGCACGAUUUGGACGAAAAAAUCGAUCGUACGUGUUUAAAAACCUUCUCGGUCGUCUUUUUAGGUGUGUGUGUGCGCGCGUAUGUCACUACGGCGUCGGCAGCGAUUGAGUUACGCGUAGUAGUCCCACACGUGUGUGACUCAGCUCACGACAACUACACACAUUAUCGCGUUUGACGUUUUUCACGCUCAUUUUUUUUUCAUCCAAUUGCCCUCCACCGGAAUGGUUUCGCCCGGUGAUUAUUUCUUUAGUAAUCUGAGGUCGUGUCACGUUCGUCUCGUUGUUUUUGUUUGUAUGAAAAAACGCUUUUAGUUUUAGAACAAUAUAAUAUAAUUUCAGAUUAGAGAUAAAUAAUAAUAUAUGUCUAUAAUUUAAUACGCUCGUAAUGGUGUACAGCAGCUACUUACUGCGGCAGUGGGACAGAGCUCUGCAGCACCAUUGUGCUUAUAUUAUUAUUAUUAUUAUUAUUAUUAUUAUUUGUACGUGUAUAUAGUGUGACCCGUGUGUUCGAUAUUUUUUUCUCCGUGUAUAAUAUUAUGUGCGUUUUCAUUUAAUGGGUUUUUAUCUUCGACAACAGCCUCAGGGGUUCCCCGCCCACACCCGCUCCUGUUACCGCUCGACGACGCCGUGCACCUGUGGUCUGGCUGGCUCGCUCGUUCACUCACGGGCAACACGCACGCACAUUAUUAUUAUUAUAUUAUGGUGUUUGUUGUUGUCGUCGUCGUCGUUCGUCGUAUUAUAAAAGUAGUACCUAUAUAGUUGCUUGCGUAAAACGAAUACGAUAUUUCGUCAUCACUUGGGGGAUCACAUGUGGUCGUGUGCCGCCGACUCCAAUCUUUGCAGCAGUAAACGUGCGUCGUUUUACUGCCGUCCUGUCCUUGGUGCCUUUAAUAGUAUUAAUAUCGUUAUCGAUUUGGAAAACGAAAAAAAAUUAUCUCCCGUGUUGUUUCCACUAGCUUGUUAAAUAACCCAUAUUAUAUCGUAUGCUUAACAGCAGUCGUCAAAUACAUGUCGUUAUAAAUUAUAAUGUAUACUUUUGAUUACUACAAUCGUUAUUUUGAGGCGAAUAGCAUCCGUCGAGUGUCCGCUCCCGAGAUCGUAUAAUUUAUUGUUGUAUGUGCGUGCACAUUUUACACUGUCAUUACUAUCCGACAUAAUAUAGCUGGGGACUUGGGGUUGUCUUAAUCUCCUUAUGAGAAUGUAGGGGGAGAGAGCGAUUCAUGAUGAAUAUCGAAAUCCACAUUUGCAUCUUUGUAAAACAAAAUAUAUAAAUGGCGUUGUGGGCACAAGUAUGUGGCCUACGGUGACGACGAUUUGUCCUCUUGGUGCGUCUGGGAACCACUUGUGAUGCGUCCUGCAACUCGUGGUUGGCUUCUCGGACAAACACCGCACCUCUGCCCGCGACGUUUCUGUUUUUAACCCUCCUCUCCCACCGCUGAUCGUCGUAUUUAAUAUUUUGAUCGUGUCCUUUUACACUCCAAUGGAUAACUACUGGUUUAAAUGUUUAGUCUUCACUCUUCAGUGUUUCGUUGUGGUCGGUUGUAACCUGUUGGGUCGCGUUAUUUUACCCCUCUGUGGUCCAACAGUGACGUCGUUGGUAUUUUAUUUUCACUAGAGUUACCGUCGAGACUACUAGUAUAUACUUAUCUUAAUACAUUAUACAUAUUAUUUAAAAGUUCUGCGUGUUUUUUUCAAUUCGAAAUAGAACGGAUGAUCAACAAUUAUUAUUAAUUUCCUCUUCGAAUUCGUAAUAUUUAGAUCAUUAUGGAUUCUCCACAAGAAGAGAAUGUAUCAUUAGACUUUGGCUCAACAAUCAAGGAAGAAGAGUAUCUUUUGUCUGUAUCCACUGGUUUUUAUGAAGAAGAAUUUGACGACGACGAAGUGUUUUUAGAUGAUUCACAAAGUAUUGAUAUGGAAUCAUUAUCAGAAAUUCCAUCACGUGUUCGUAGAACUUCAGAUGUUAUUGACUGUGUUGGUGAAACUAUGUCUCCGGCUCAUAUUAAACGUCAUAGUUUCCCAUCAGCAUCUGGUGAAGUCUUAUACUCAUCUACAUCACAGGCUACAAAAAUCACAGAUUUAAAUAGAUCUAAGCGUGCUGAGCUUACUAUUGAAUCACUUGAUCAAGGGUAUAGUAGCCCUGGUACACGGUCUUCUUCAGGCAGGUCUUUUAAAGGAACAUGGUUUAGGUUUAGUAAUAGUAAUGACCCUGAUUCUGUUGAUGCCCGACCAACUCAAAAAUUAGACGAACAACAAACAUCCAAUUCAAACAGAAGAUCCGUCCAAGAAGUUGUAAUGCCUGUUACUAAAGAUGCUACGUGUUAUAAUAUGGAUCAUGAAUAUCGAGGUAUCGCUGUUAUCAUAAAUAAUGAUGUUUUUGAUAGUCAUAGCUUAGCCCAACGCCAAGGUUCAUGGAAAGAUGUUGAAGAGUUGGAAAAAAUGUUUUAUCGUUUAGAUUUUAAUGUUAUGGUUUGGAAUAACUUGUAUCACGAAGAAUUGGCUCAUAAUUUGAACGAAUUGGCUAAAGCUGAUCAUUCUCAAAAUGAUUGUCUCGCUAUUGUUGUGUUGACACACGGGGUCAGUCAAUCAUUUGUUUAUGCCAAAGAUAAUCCAUACCCAGUUGAAUUUUUGUGGAAUUCGUUUACUGCUGAUAAAUGUCAUACACUAGCCGGAAAACCUAAACUAUUUUUUGUGCAGGCAUGUCGCGGAGAAAGGCUGGAUCCUGGUAUUACAUUGAGAAAAGAAACGGUAACUGAAGUAGAUUCUUCUACUGCCUCAUACAAAAUUCCUAAACAUGCAGAUUUCUUGAUUACUUUCAGCACUUACGAUGGUUAUUAUUCAUUCAGGCAUCCUGAGAAUGGCACAUGGUUUAUUCAGAGUCUUUGUUCUGAAAUGAACAAACACGAUCAUAGCAACAGUGACUUGCUAGGAAUUAUGACUCGUGUGUCUAGACGAGUUGCCUUGGAUCAUGAAUCUUAUAAUCCAGAUGAACCAUGGCUACAUAAGCAAAAGCAGAUACCAACCAUUCACUCGAUGCUCAUUAGAGAUGUAUUUUUUAAGCCUAAAAAUAAACCUCCAUCUGAACCAAUUGUAUUAAGAAAUCUCAGUAACUGAGUGCCUUUAAAGUUGUACUCAAAGCCGAAAAAUGCAAACUAACUAUAAAAACAAAAUCUGCAGCAACAGCAAGUAUGCACAGUAAUGUAUUUUACCAGUGUGAAAUUAUAUAGUUCAAUAAGUUUGUGUCCACAUAAGUGUUCAAAACAUUAAAAUUAUAUGAAUUCAAAUUUUGUGAUAAAAAAAUGUCUUUUUAAGACUGAAUCAAUUUUGACUUAAAAUUUACUUUUGAUAAAAAAAAAAAUGAUCU